AUGGACGCUCUCAAAGCUCCAGCCGCUCCACCAACACCUCAGCCACCUCAGCCAGGCGCACAACCAAAUGCACCCCCGAUUCAACAGCCUCAACCUAUCUACACUCAAGGAGGUGUUGCCUAUACCAUUCAACCACAAACAAUUGUUGUUUCGCCGAAUGUCAUCAUUGUGAAAGAUGCUCAUACGUUUCAUCCGUACCCAGAAUUUUGUCCAAAAUGCCAGCGAAUUGUCGUAACGCGGCGUGUGUGGGUCUCAGGAUCGUGUGCAUGGACUGUUUUAUUAUUAUCUAUAUGUAUUCCUUUCCUUUGGCCAAUGUUAUUCUUUCUUUGUACACCAGCAUUCAAAGAUGCACAUCAUCAUUGUCCUUGUUGCCUUACUUUACUUUCAAUUAGACGGAGAUGA